AGGUUAUUUUUAGGUGCGAGUACCGUAACUUCAGAGAGGCCGAGAGACACAGGAGAGACGAGAGAGAGAGGAGAGAAAGGAGAGGAUGCCAGACAAGGCCAUGGACGACGUUAUGGAGGCGGCCUCAGGCCCACACUUCAGCGGCCUUCGCCUCGAUUCCCUCCGCUUAUCUUCCUCAUCCCUCCCUUCGUCGCCAUCCUCCGCUAAGGCCUCCGUCGCUGGAGUGAUCACCGACGAUUUCUCGCCUGAAGAACCUAAGCAGCCCUUUGUAAUUGGGGUUUCGGGCGGUUCGGCUUCCGGGAAAACUACUGUGUGCGAUAUGAUCAUCCAGCAGCUUCAUGAUCAACGGGUUGUUCUUGUUUAUCAGGAUUCAUUUUAUCGAGGUCUGACUGCAGAGGACGCUGAACGUGCCAAUGACUAUAAUUUUGAUCAUCCAGAUGCCUUUGACACAGAUCAACUCAUUGACUGUAUGACCAAGUUGAAAAGUGGACACUCCGUCAACAUUCCCAUCUAUGAUUUUAAGAAUCAUCGCCGAUGCUGUGAAAGUUUCCGGAAGGUGAAUGCAUCGGAUGUUAUUAUUUUGGAAGGGAUUCUAGUUUUCCAUGAUCCACGAGUUCGCAACCUAAUGGACAUGAAGAUAUUUGUUGAUACUGAUGCUGAUGUUAGGCUUGCUAGAAGAAUUAGAAGAGAUACAGUUGAGAGAGGUCGGGAUAUUAACUCGGUGCUUGAACAGUAUGGAAAAUUUGUCAAGCCUGCUUUUGAUGAUUUUGUCUUGCCUUCAAAGAAAUAUGCUGAUGUAAUCAUUCCUAGGGGAGGUGAUAACCACGUUGCAAUUGAUUUAAUUGUUCAACAUAUUCAAACUAAACUUGGCCAACAUGACUUGUGUAAAAUCUACCCUAAUGUAUUUGUUAUUCAAUCUACAUUUCAGAUAAGAGGAAUGCACACUCUUGUUCGUGACAGGGAUAUAACGACACCUGAUUUCGUCUUUUAUUCUGAUCGACUUAUUCGGCUGGUGGUAGAGCAUGGCCUCGGUCAUUUGCCUUUUACUGAGAAGCAGGUGGUCACCCCAACAGGAUCAGUCUAUACAGGAGUUGACUUCUGCAAGAAACUUUGUGGAGUGUCUAUUAUACGAAGUGGUGAAAGCAUGGAGAAUGCCUUGCGAGCAUGUUGUAAAGGAAUAAAAAUCGGAAAAAUCCUUAUUCAUCGUGAUGGCGAUAAUGGAAAACAGCUUAUUUAUGAAAAGCUGCCCAAUGAUAUAUCCGAACGCCAUGUUUUACUACUUGAUCCUGUCCUUGGUACAGGUAACUCUGCAAACCAAGCAAUAGAGCUACUCAUCCAGAAGGGAGUACCAGAGGACCGUAUUAUUUUUCUCAACUUAAUAUCGGCACCUGAAGGAAUUCACUGUGUUUGCAAAAGAUUUCCUUCCCUUAAAAUAGUUACUUCAGAGAUAGACGCAGGUCUGAAUGAGGAAUUCAGAGUAAUUCCUGGGCUGGGAGAGUAUGGCGAUCGGUACUUUGGAACUGAUGUUUGAUGCUUUUAUUACUGCUGGUUUUCAUCUUCUUCUGUUUGUAGAACGGAAGAGCAGGCAAAGGGAUUUGGGAAGACAUGCUUUUAUGCACCCAACAUCAAGAUUUCAUAUUUUUCUGCAAUAUUCAGGUAAAUGUGCAAUAAUAUUUAAUGUUGUACCUAAUGUUUUCAUUCCUGAUUUCUACCUUAUGAUGGAGAAAAUUUGGGUCGGAAUGUUUUGGCUCAAAUUUUUUGAAAUUAUAAAAUGUCAUUUCUUUAUUUUAUUAGUUCUUA